AUGCGUUUCCAUUGCAUGCCCCUUCUCUACGUCAUUUCCUUCUUCAUCCUCAUCUCGGCCCUCUUCUCAGUCCUCCUGUCGCUGGCGCCCUGCUUCGUCAAGUCCAAGAACCACUGCUACCGCGGCUAUGAGUCCCACUUCUCCUUCGACGUCGACAAGGCCGACCACGCCGAGUGGAUGAAGGCCAUCCCGGAUGAUGCCAACCUCACCAGCCUGUCCAUCCCCGGGACCCACGACACCAUGACCUACGACCUCAGCAACCAGGUCUUCCAGUGUCAGAACCACAAUCUCUCGGCGCAGCUGCGCGCCGGCAUGCGCUACCUCGACAUCCGCGGCCGUCUCGUCAACGACUCCAUCCAGAUCUACCAUGCGUCAAUGUACACGGGCCACUCGUACACCAGCGUCCUGCUGACGCUGUUCGAGUUCCUCGACUCGCACCCCAGCGAGACCGUCGUCAUGCGGCUCAAGGAAGAAGGCCGGCCCCUCGGCAACAACAGCAUGACCUUUGAGGACGCCUUCAACCACUAUCUCCACAACGACACCCUCACGUCCCCCGGCGCGCAGGCGCACUUCCACAAGCACGACAAGCUGGCCCCUUACCCCACGCUCGGCGCCCUCCGGAACAAGGUCUUCCUCCUGCAGAACUUCCCCAUCAGGCAGCCCAAGAACCCCUACGGCGUCAUCUGGGAGUCCGCCGACAUGGUGCUCGAGGACCUCUGGAUCAUCCCGAGCAUGGAGCACCUGUACAUGAAGUGGGAGGCCAUCGAGAACGCCCUCCGCCGCGCCGCCACGGCGAAACCCCACUCGAACCGGGUCUUGUACCUGGCGCACCUGAGCGCGUCGGUCGGAGUCCUGCCCAUCGAGGCCGCGGCGGGCAACCUCAAUCACACGGUGGCCGGGAUGAACGACCGCACGGGCGACUGGCUCGCCGAGACGGCGGGCGGAGCCGACGCCGGCAAGACGGGCAUCGUCAUCAUCGACUUCCCCGGCCGCGCCUUGGUAGACGAGGUGCUAGCGCGGAAUACGGCGCUAACGGACCGUAGCGUCGAAUUGUGA